AUGCAGGAGCUUGUCUUGUUGAGUUGGCAAGCGCCUGGCCGAUCUUUGCCAUCCAUCUACAAGAAAGAGUUGGAAGGAUGCGGCAAUUCUGUUCUCGACUUGCGCCAAUUUCGGGGAUCCGUCGGGAGGCUUUUUGAUCGAAAACGUUUCCAGCAAUGCAGCUGUCCUGAUAGGAGGUGGGUAUUACCAAAAGAAGUGGCAUGCCCUGCCAAGAAUACCUCGUCGAAGAAGUAUGAGACAUGGCGUCGCGUCGUGUUGGGGAAGUUUCUGCCUUGGAUUCAUCAGGGAUUCUAUAUAGGCCCGGAUGGAUGCCGGAGAGAUUUUAGGUAUUCAAAAAAGUUCUCCGACGGAUGGGAUGGGGCCAAGAAAGUGUUGGGUCGGAGACACGGAGGCAGGAAAUGUUCGUGGGAGCGAAGAAGAUAA